CUGUAUGCACUCCUAUGGCCAAGCCAUUCUUCUCCAUGCCAGAUAAUGUGGGGUGGUGAUUGGAAGAAGGGUGCUUGGACAACAUCCAAUGCUUGCAAGCCCUCCAAAUACAUGGGUUGUGCUAGAAGAGAGGAGGUGAUCACACGUCUCGUUUCAUUUUGGGGAAGGAAGAAAGUGAAGUCGCUCCAGGAGUAUUUAACUCGAAGAUAUAGGAAGGUGAGAAAAUGGUUGCUGAGGCUGAAGAAGACCUUGCCAAUGUUCAUUGGGAUUUGCUACUCCGUGGAGUUGCUGAUUUGUAGUUUUAUAUCAUUUUUCACCUUUUCCAGAUUCUACAAAUACAGAAAUAGGAAUGGUGUUUCUCCCGAGGUAGAAUAUUUUCAGCUGAGAAAACAAGAAGAUGUUUUCAAUGCUUUAAACAAUGGACAACCAGACCCUAUUACAAGAAUAGUUACUGGUACAGUGGAUUUGCAUCUAAGCCUUGAAAGUGGGCAACUUGGUUGUUUGAAUUUUUCAGAGACAAGUAAGGAAUGCCACAAGCUGAGAAGGGCCAACCAAAAGACAAAGAAAGCAAUUGAGAAGGCAGUGGAAAUAUACAACAUUGCCGCACAAGAUAUAGAAAAUGAAGUACAAAUAAAUUCAACCGAAAUGGGAUGUAUUCUGAAAGCUGAUUUCCCAUGGAGGUCGGACAUUACUCUGGGGAAGAAAAGAGACCUUGUUAAUAAGAAAGAAUCAUUUGAAAGACUUAAAGAGGAAGAGGUCCUCCUUAAAAAAGAAAUGAAACAAUUUCUAUUAUAUUACAAGUCUAAAGAUACAAAUGGAAAUGUAGGAAUGGAAAUGGAUGUAAACAAUAUCAACGAUGCUACAUAUAUGAAAGGAUUGGUGGGUUUACCUUUCUUUAAUGAUGAGGCCUAUGCUUGAUGAAACAAUUGUUGACAACACCUCGGAGAGUGAUGAUGAUUCUGAAUUGUCAGACUUGUCAGACAUAGAAUCAGACCAAGAGGAAAGAAUGGGACAAGAAAACAAUACACAAUUUAAUAUUGUCUGAACUUUGUUUUAUAAAAAGUGAUACAUCAUUAAAUGAUGAGUCAGUGAAAAGAUCAUAAUAUUAAUGUAAAUUAAAAAGUAUCGAAACUUUAAUGUCUAAAACUAACUCAAACAAUCCAGGUCAAAUCUAAGUUUUUGAAGUUUCUCUAAGUUUUCUAUAGCCGAUACUUCAUUAUUUCUUGUGGCGUACUGUAGAUUGGGUUCAUUUGGCGCUACUUCAUUUGGCUAUUUUUCCACUUUUUUUGGCUAUUUAAUUUGGCGGACACUGGGG